UGCAUCUUCUCAGCUGUGACCUGCUCGUGUUUACAUCAGUGAAAUGGACUCAUAGUCUGAAGAGAAGAGGAGUCAUGUUCAUCUUAAAGGCACUGCGCAGAAACAAGACCUUAAGAUAUGGAGUUCCUAUGCUUUUACUCGUAGUUGGCGGCUCCUUUGGCUUACGAGAGUUCACACAAAUCCGGUAUGAUGCCCAGAAGAUCAAAAAGAAGCUGGAUCCUUCACUGGAGGCCAGAGUGAACGUCCAGAAGCAGUCGGUCAUACUGGAGGAGGAGUAUGAUAAGCUGAGGGAGAAGAACAUGGACGAGUGGAAGAACAUCCGUGGUCCUCGUCCUUGGGAGGACUCCAAGGAAUACCAGGAGCAGCAGCGCAGCAGGCAGAAAAAUCCGACGGAGUCGUAAGGGACACCAGACCGAGAGUGCUGCACACACUGUAGCAGGACAGACUAGACAAGAGUAGACUGACUCUGUGGCGAAGGCACCGCAGAGACCCAAUUAUCCCAGAUGCUGCAACUCCAGGGCAUGAACGCCUUUUGUUUGGUCUCUGCUUGUGUUGGUUUCUUCUGAUUGUGACACAUUCAGGACUAUGAGUGGGUUAAAUUAUGCCACACAAACUCAAACCCUUGGAAUCAUUUUAAGAUUGAUCUUAAAUUUAAAGAUAAAUGGGAUCCAAACGGUUUUAUACACAGGAGUAUAAAGCAGUCACCUGUAAGUUAUUUUUCCACUCUGAUCUGGAGAUUGCAAUGGAAAAUAACCAGUAGGUGGCACAUCUGUGUAUCUGUGCACCAUUUCUUCCACACAGAGAGAGGG